UACUAUACCUCUGUGUUUUUUUGGGCAGCGGUUUUCCACGUUUCUUACACUUUCCCGGCCUACUUUUCCAGCGGGAACAACGGCAAAAGUUGCAGAUAAUGCUGAUUUGCUCUUAUCACCUUUAUUUUAUUACAAAACUCUCGAAAAAGUUCAAAAAAGGUGAAAAUUUCCGCUGUUCAAAAAGCUGUUGAAAAAGAAGAACAAGAACAAAGCGGAAGAAGAAGAAAUUUCACGGUAAAACGAAACUUUUCUCUGUAAAACAAUCUAAACGAUAAAAACGAAAUCUACUACAAGGCGAAAUGGGCCGAAUUGUGUGUUUAUAUUGCGCGGAUUUGGGAAUCGAAAGUCGAGCAGCCGGGAGUCGAAAGUCGAGCAGCUUGCUUGAAUCGCUUAGUGCAACAAACAUUUUCUGACUGUUCUGACGAAGCGAUUUUUGUUUGCGAGUUUCCUCGAAUCAUCUCCACAAGUUUUCCUUCCGCGGCGGAUAAUUCUGCGAUAAUUCCUUAAAAAAGAUGCCUUCCUACUCGGUAAACGUGAAAUGGGGUAAGGAGAGUUUCAAAAACAUUGAGGUCAACACGGAUGAGACGCCGCUGCUGUUCAAAGCGCAACUGUUUGCGCUCACCGGAGUGCAACCGGAGCGCCAGAAGGUGCUCUGCAAAGGCAUCAACCUCAAGGAUGAAGAAUGGAAUAUGCCCAUCAAAAGCGGAGCCACUCUUCUGUUGCUCGGCACGAAGGAAGAGGUGCCCGUGGAACCGGUGGAGAAACCCAAAUUUAUCGAAGAUAUGAACGAGAGCGAGCUCGCUACGGCACUGGAACUGCCGGCGGGACUGGUGAAUCUGGGGAAUACGUGCUACAUGAACGCCACUCUGCAAUGCCUGCACUCCGUGCGCGAGCUGCGAAAUGCAUUGAAAAUCUACAAGGAGGAGCAAGCUGGUGCGGCCUCGGGCAUGGCUUCGCUGGCGCUCCCACAACUCCUAACAGGCUCUAUGAAGAAGCUGUUCGAAGACAUGGAGCGCAGUGACACCAUCACGCCCGUGCUCUUCCUACAGCGAUUACACGUUGCUUUUCCCAACUUUGCGCAAACGGGCGAGAACGCAUCCUACCGGCAGCAGGACGCAAACGAGUGCUGGUCGGAAUUGCUGAAGGUGCUGCAGCAAACGUUGCCCUCUCAAAAGGGAACCGAUGAAAAGUCUGUGAAGCACAGCUCGUUCAUCGAUCAGUGGUUUGGCGGCACAUUUGACGUGGAAAUGAAAUGUACCGAGGCCGAAGGAGAACCUACCAGCAAAUCGAAGGAGAAUUUCCUCCAGCUGAGUUGUUUCAUCUCAACCGAGGUGAAGUACAUGCAUUCGGGCUUACGGUUGAGAUUGAAGGAACAGCUGACGAAAAUGUCUCCGACGCUGGCCCGUGAUGCAGUUUACACCAAAUCGUCACUGAUAAGCCGACUGCCAGCUUACCUUACGGUCCAGUUCGUUCGUUUCCAGUACAAGGGAAAGGAAGGCAUCAAUGCGAAGGUACUGAAGGAUAUCAAGUUUCCGAUCGAGUUCGAUGCGUUCGAGCUGUGUACGCCUGCGUUGCAAGAGAAGCUGACGCCGAUGCGGGAAAAGUUUCAGGCCGUGCACAAUGCCGACGUAGAGCGCGCCUUGAAGGGUAAAAACAAAUCGAAAGCUGAGCUCGAAAAGGAGAAACCGAAGACUAUCGCUCAACCGUUUUGUUUCGAAGAUGACCUCGGCAGCAACAACAGUGGGUACUACACGCUACAGGCCGUACUAACGCACCAGGGUCGGUCUAGCUCGUCCGGUCACUACGUCGGCUGGGUGCGUCAAAAGGACGAUCAGUGGAUCAAGUUCGAUGAUGAUCACGUAUCACCGGUCGAUCAAGAGUCGAUCCUGAAGCUGUCCGGUGGAGGCGAUUGGCACUGUGCGUACGUGCUGGUUUACGGCCCAAAAAUUCUAGAACUGCCGGUUGAACCGGAGAGCAGCAACCCGGCGGCGGCGGGGGCGGCAACGGCGAAUGUGGAUGCAUCCGAUGGUGAGAAGAUGACGGUUGACGAAUAGUAGUUCCCAGUGGUGCCAACCAUCGUUCUCAGCCUCUUUUCCUCUCGUCGUUGUUAAACCCGCUGUGUCUGUCAUCUAUCAUCAUUUCUGUUUGGAAGAAAAUUACGGCUCACAGCACGGCUGAAACUGAGCAUUCAGUCAGAAAUUCCGAUAUUAUUGUAGCUCUCGCUCUGACGACCAUGCUCGGUUUUAGCGUAUGUAUGACGGCGUAAAUUAUUUUUGGCGGCUGUGCUUUGAUGGACGAUGCACAUGGUGAUUGUCAGUUUUGUAACGCAACAAACCCGAUCGAGAUCAUUUGAUCAUCAUCAUCAUCAUUAAAUAAAACAAAAACACGCAUGAUACAUGAAGAAUCCAAACUUUUGCGAGUAAGAAAAAGCCGCAUGUUUUGUGUUGAACUGUGAUUGGGAUGACAAACGCGUUUACUAAACGGUCUAUACCCUAGGUAAGAUUUUUACUACUAAGAAUACAUGGUUUGUUGUUAUAAAUUGUUGUCU